AUUGCUAUCUGUUUAUAUAAAAGUUUAAACUUGUCAGAAUUUAGUGUUAUUUGAAGCAUUAUACAGUUAAAAGUUUAAUCAAUUAUAUUGGGAUUACUUGUUUUAAGGAAUACAAAAUGAAGGUUCUACUCAUAACUCUACUAGUAAUCGCCACUACUUUAGUCCUUGGCCAACCUCAGAACUACAGAGACUCAAGAUACGCAAAUUUACAACUUUACUACCCGUACCCCACCGAAAUACCACCAGGUGUUGCUUGCUGCAAUUUACCUCAAUGUUCUGAUUACGGUUGUUUCCGUACCAAAGUCUGCGGGUAUCUUUGUCAACAAGGAGACUACAAGGGGGAAGAUUACGGUCCCACUCCGGGUUACCGUCUAAAAAGUACCUACAAAGAGAAUACAUGUCUUUUCGGAGAGUGCAAUACUUUUGACAUCGACUGUUCCAGCUGUCCGGAUCCUAAGAAUGCGGAAUUUAGAAUUUAUGCCGUCAAAAAGUCUUGCGCCAAAUGCUACGAACGAUGAAUUUAUGAAAGCUAAGGUUUUAUUUAUUUUAUUUAUUUGGGCUUUAAAGGUUUUUUUGAUACAAUGGUAGA